AACUAACAAGUAUAUAUUGACACGAUUAAAGCAACAAGUGAGAUUAUUUAGAUAUCAAAUAUAUCCAUAGUCACUACUACAUGGCUUCAUCCAACCUCAAGUCAACGUUCCUCGUUUUGUGUCUCUUGGCCUGGCUCCUCUAUCCGAUCAACGCUCAUGGAGGAGGCAGUGAUCACGAGGAUGAAUCUGGCAGUGAAGAUUUGCAUUCGAGGGAUCUGAGAGUGGUGAAAAUAUGGUGUUUGGUAAUCUUCUUCGUGAGCACUUUCGUUGGUGGUGUGUCUCCCUACUUCUACCGUUGGAACGAGGCUUUUCUUCUUUUGGGGACUCAGUUCGCUGGUGGGGUUUUCUUGGGAACCUCUUUGAUGCAUUUCUUGAGCGAUUCCAAUGAGACCUUCCGAGAUCUCACCACCAAAUCUUACCCUUUUGCCUUCAUGCUCGCUUCAUCCGGAUACCUUCUCACCAUGCUUGCUGACUGCGUCGUGGUUUUUGUCACCACCAACAGCAAGAGGGAGGCCAAAGUGGUGGAACUCGAAGGAGGGGUAACACCCCAAGUCCAAGAGCAUGAUGACCAUGUCCAUGCCAGAGUGGAGACAACAAACCCUGUCUUGUUGAAGACUUCUUCUGUCGGAGACACCAUUCUGCUCAUCCUUGCACUGUGUUUCCAUUCUGUUUUUGAGGGCAUUGCAGUUGGAAUUGCAGGUACUACGACAGACGCAUGGAGGAACUUAUGGACAAUAUCCUUGCACAAGAUAUUUGCUGCGAUUGCAAUGGGAAUUGCUUUACUAAGGAUGUUACCUAAGAGACCCUUUUUAACAACGGCAGCAUAUUCUUUUGCCUUUGCUGUGUCUAGCCCCAUUGGUGUGGGGAUUGGCAUUGCCAUAGAUUCCACAACACAAGGACGCACUGCAGAUUGGAUGUUUGCUAUAUCUAUGGGUAUUGCUUGUGGGGUUUUCAUCUAUGUUGCCAUCAAUCAUUUAAUAACCAAAGGCUUCAAACCGCAGAAGACAACACGUUACGACACUCCCUGGUUUAGGUUUGUCGCUGUGCUUUUUGGUGUAGCUGUUAUAGCAGUAGUCAUGAUCUGGGACUGAUCCAUCAAUACGUUUCAAUUCCUGUUUUUCUUUCUCCAUUAAUGUUGUCCUACGAAAUUGUGCGUCUGAUAAUUAUGAUAUGGAUGUACCACUGUACAUUCACCAUCUUUUAUUAAACCUUCAUUUACUAUUUUUACUGAAAAUUUUAAUAUUUGUUCCUUCAA